AUGGUCUCCGCAAUUCGCGAAUUCAUCGAAGAGUGCGUCUCAAUCUUCCGCUGCGGUCGCAUUGCUACUGAUGCCCCGAGACAACGCGCAAUGUCCCUGCCUAUGAUUCACUAUCAAUACCCGCCGGAAUCAACCUUGUUUAGAUGCAAGUCUUUCAACCAGGCGAUGCCCCAGCGGGACCCAGCGCGGCUUGGUCCGAGAAACAUAUCCACGGAGGCCGUGGUAGACGCGGAAUACGUAAUGGAGACAAAAUCUGUGGUCAAGAUGGAGGAGCAGAUCAAAUCUUCGGCUAACCUGCCGUACGAUCCCCUCGCCCUGCACCCAGUCACUUUUGACGUUGACAGCCCAACCCCCGAAGACGCAGAAGCUUUGCCUUCCUCGCCUCUGGCACAAGACGUAGAGAAAAACGGAAUAAACGGGGAUUUCCACGAACGCUCGUUCCGCAUGCGCAUGGUAAGAAAUAGCGCCAUCUUGGUUCCUACGUAUCUGCCACCCCCUCGCCGUCUGCUGUCAUCGACUCUUUACUCGAUUGAAGAAGAGGACGAGCCUAGGAACUAUCUUCGUGGCAUGGCUGGCCGAGAGCGCCUUGGAUGA